UGCUCCGCAUGACGGACGAUGAGCGGCCAUACACAAGAGCGUCACUGUCUUUUUUACGGCCAAAAUGCACCAGCCGCUCGACUGCGAUGAGCACUCUUCGCUGUAGCUGCGGGUCUGGUGAAGCGAGCAAUGUGCUGUCAGAACAACAAUGGCUUGGCUGUCGCUUUCUCUCGGUUCAUGGCUCGCCUUCUUUCGACUGAACUGCCGGACAUUGAGCAGCUGUGCCUUCUUCCGCCUUGUUGGAUUGCAAGUAAUUUGAAAACUCAACUAACCCGCAACACAGGAUUUCAAGGAUCUUUUUGCAACAUUAAUGGUCUCGCUUCCCCUCACAGCCCACCGAGUGCGUUUCAGGAUGAUCGAUUACACCUUCACAUCAGAUGAAGCAAUCACCAACCUCGGAUCCCUCAAAUUCUCUCAAUCCAACCGCAUGCCAGACCCCAAGGACUCAUCACGUGUCGUCACCACAACCACUACCACCACCUUUUCCAUGGCUAAGGAAAUGGCUCGCUCAGUCUGCCAGAGAUUCUUGGAAGCAAAGUUCAUUGAAUCGGUAGAAGGCAAAACUGAUUUCAUGAACAAGAACUCCGUCUGGCAACUUACGCCCAAGGGUAUUCACAUUCUCGAGCGAUUCUGCACGCGCAACGGUAUUGCUUCAGCGCAUGUCAGGGCUGUAAUUGAAUCCAACAGGAACCCACGCCAACUUGUCGUCCUUGAGCGCAACACAGAAACUGACAAGCUACACCACGACGAGCAGACUGUCGAGAUCAUCUUCCGCCGCUUCGUUGGUACCACUGCAAACGAGACUCAGUCAGACUCUGAUUCGAUACAUGAGUUCUCAAAGUGCGAUAUUGGCGUCAAGUUGGUAAAGCAUCGGCCAAACUCGCAGCGUCAGUACGAGUACACAUUCAACGGCCGCAACGCCGCACAGUGGCUGAUGGACUGCUCCACCAUGGUUGAUCCCCGUGAGGCUGUUGAGGUUGGAUCACUGUUCUUGCAGCUCAAGCUCAUUGCUCCUGUCGACCCUCGCAACUCGGAUCAACAAUUCCAGCCAUCAAAGCAAGUCCACUACUACAUCACUAACCACGGCGAGCGUGUAGCAGGAUGGCUCCUCGAGGAAGUACCAUCAGGUGGAGACAUGGCAGUCAAGUCAAGAGAUGGCCUUACCCGUGACUCCAACAGCAACCGCACCAACGUCAUCAUCCGCAACCCGUCCUGGCGUCUUCUAUACCGCGAGUUCCUUAAGGAGACCAUGUGUGAGGAGAACCUUUCCUUCUUCCUCGAGGUCCAGCAGUUCAACAAGCAGUACAAGGAUGCCGUCAACGAAAAGGGAGAAAACAAGGUCGAGGUCAUUCGUGAAACACUCGCUGCUGCUUAUGGCUUGUACAAUGCAUUCUUAGCGCCUGGCUCACCCAACGAGUUGAACAUUGACCACAGCCUUCGUACGCAGCUAGCCACUCGCAUGACACGUGCUGUUGGAGACGAUGCCGCUAUGCUGCAAAGUCUUAACGAAGUUGCCUCGCUUUUUGACAAGGCACAACAAUCCAUUUUCAAGCUGAUGUCCAGUGACUCGGUACCCAAGUUCAUCAAGCACCCUAAAUAUGCUCCUCAGCUACGUGGUCUAGAUGCCGCCGCUGCCGCCUCAGCGUAACCGAACUUGUCCUGAUUCGUUAAACACUAUCCAGCCUAUUGGCUCAUCCUGAGUCGUUUUUAUUGUUCCUCCGACACCCUUUUUGUCGACCAUCGCAUCGCUUCUCCUACUCCAUGCAUCCAGUCGCAGACUGUGGCGUUCUGUGGGGUUCCAGGCCAAAGCAAAAAAAA